GAAGCCGUGUGUGAUUGUCCUGUAAUUUAAUGUCUAAUUUAUAAGUCAGUUUUUUAAAUAUUUAUGUUAAUAAUUAAUUGAACAAUCAUAAAUUUAUUUAAUCUUCAUGAUGAACUUUUUACUAUAAAUUUUUUUACUCGGUAUGAAAUAUAGAUUUGGAGAACCAGAUUUUUGUAAGUGAUGGAUAACGUUAAGAAAAUGGAAGUUAUUGAUUUGGAGUCGGAAGAUGAGUCUUCUAAUACAAAAGAAGAGAAAGAUCCGCAUAAGGUGUCCAAGAAGCUGGUGGUGACAUGCAUCAAUUUCAAAUGUCCGUCAGGAGUUAAUAUGAAGACAGCCCCUAGUUUCGCAUGUUCAUACUACGGAGUCAAUAUGGCCAAGAAAAAGAAGCGAUUUAUUUGCGAAAAAUGUCUGGAAGCUGCUAUCGCGCAUCAGGAAGUUUUAGUAAAUGCUUUGUUAAAUAAAGAACCAUUACUGAAAUGCGAAUUUCCCGAUCAUACGAUGGAAGUUGAAAUAUCCGACAGCGACGAGUCAGGCAGCGAAAUGAGAGACUCUUCCUGUGAUGAAUACUUACCUGAAGAUGUCAUACAAAGUAUUGGCGAAAAUAUCGACAGUGCCUUGACGAGUGUCAUAAAAAAAUAUGACAUUGAUUUCCAGAUGAAAGAAUCACACAAUAUUUUAAAAUCACAAUUCGAUAAAAUAAACCACGAUAAUGAUAAACUGGAUCAGGACAUAAAAGAGAUGAUAUCUAAAAUGGAUUCAUUGAGAAAUAAUUUGUACAAAAACUUCAAACCAGAUAUAAAGUACAUACAAGAAUUACACAUUGAAGAUCCUCCAGCGGAUACGAUUCCUCAUCCUCUUGUGGCAACGAAGAAAGUAACGCAGAUAAGUCGUCCGCCGCCUGUGCCACCUCAACCCACCAUACAUCCGGACAAUCCGAUCGAAGUGAUGUCCGUUAAUCCAAAGGGUAAAUUGGGUAUAGAACACGGGCUGCCACCUCAAGGUAAUCUGAUAAGACGAGCUGCCGAAGUUGAAAAUAUAGUUUUAGUAAUGAAGCAUCCGUUACUGGCUUGGCGACGUGCCAAGGUACUUUCAAUAGUAUCUCGGACCCCCAUGACCUACCGUAUAAAAUAUGCGUCCAAGAAAUACAGCAGUCAGUCGAAACAAGUCUUUGGAAAACAACUGGCUAUUUUUGAAAAAUGUUCUGUCAUGAUUCCUGUAGCGACUAGAGUAGUUGCGUUGUUCAGCGACAGUAAAUCAAAUGAUUAUUACAGUGGUGUCAUUGCUGAACCACCCAAAAGUACCAAUAAAUGCAGGUACUUGGUAUUCUUUGAUGAUGGGUAUGCUCAGUAUGUUGCACACAAAGAUAUUUAUGUCGUCAGCGAGAGUUCUCUGCGUGUUUGGGAAGACAUACCUAUUGAGUCACGUGAGUUUGUUAAAAAGUAUUUGGAAACUUAUCCGGAACGUCCGAUGGUGAAGCUCCAGAAGGAACAGGUGGUGAAGACCGAGUGGAACGGCAAGUGGUGGAUCGCAAGAGUAAUUCAAGUAGACGCGAGUCUUGUCCAGAUGUACUUUGACGCCGAUGGACGGACUGAAUGGAUCUAUCGAGGUUCUGCUCGUCUCGGGCCACUGUUCCUAGAACUUUUGAAAGCCAGCGCACGUCAACAAGGACAUCAUGCUUCUAUAAAUACUCCUACUCGCCAAAGGUUAACUGGAACUUUGAAUAAAAAUAAUUUGCCCUACGUCGAGUAUACUUCGGUUAAUGGGGAGCAGGAAGCUGAUAUGACAACACAGAGUGCUCAAUCUCAAGCUCAAAGUCAAACUCAAAAACUAGCAGCUGCGUUUUCAAAAGAAAUUCCCAGCGUUGCAGCACCAGUGCAAUCACGUGCUGUUGCUAAAAAGAGUACCAGCAAACGAUCAAGCACUCCUGCCGUUGUUGAAAUUCCUCAGAACUUUGCUGCUAAUUCCGAGACAAAACCUUCUCACAGUAUUGUUUACUACCAAACGCAAAAUAAAAUUCAAACUCGUAAAUUUGUUGCUCACAAAUGCGGGCCCACUUGUAUCAAAGGAAUAUCAUUUACGCCAGCUGAUCUCAAGGGUUACUCGCCGCUAUCAAUUCCACUUUUGUGUGGAUGGAAUCGCCAGUUGUGUAAAUUUCCUAAAGGAAAGAAAGUUAUUUUGUACCAAGCGCCUUGUGGUGCUCGACUACGUAAUAUGGAAGAAGUUCACAAGUAUCUUCGUAUUACUCAGAGCACAAUGUCCGUUGAUUUGUUUGAUUUUGACUACUGGGUUCAUUGUCUGGCGGAGUUUGUUCUAGAUAAAUGUUUUGUAAACAUAAAAGAUUUAAGUUACGGCGUUGAAAAUGUACCGAUACCCUGUGUCAAUGAGAUUGAUCAUAAAUUACCGGACACUAUUACUUACAGCACUAUCAGAGAACCUACUGAGGGAGUUAAUCUCAACACAGAUCCCGACUUUUUGUGCUCUUGUGAUUGUGAAGAUGAUUGCCAAGAUAAAAAUAAAUGUCAAUGCUGGCAAUUGACAAUUCAAGGAGCGACAUUUGGCGGACGUGUACCCAAUCCUGCAGUGGGAUACGUUUACAAAAGACUUCCUGAGCCAGUAACUACUGGUAUCUAUGAGUGUAAUUCGAGAUGUAAAUGCUCUGUUAAAACAUGUUUGAAUCGCGUUGUUCAACAUCCGCUGAGUUUGAAAUUACAAGUAUUUAAAACAGCGCCGAGGGGCUGGGGCAUCAGAUGUCUCAAUGACAUUCCGCUUGGUUCGUUUAUUUGUAUCUACGCUGGCCGGUUGUUGACAGAACAGGGCGCGAAUGAGGGUGGUAAAAAUUAUGGAGAUGAAUAUUUAGCGGAAUUGGAUUAUGUUGAGGUAGUGGAGGGUAUCAAAGAAGGCUUUGAAGCAGAAGCAUUCGAGCCGGAAAUAAACAAUGCAACUGUCAGCGAAGAAACCAACAAAGAAAAGAAACAGCCUGAGGAAGAACGUCCAGUAGCUGAUACCAGUACUGGCGCUACCAGUAAUGCAGUCGCCCGCAAAAAGACGACCAAUGAUUCAGAUGAAGAAUUUAAUAUUCAGCAGUUUAAUAACGAAUACGCGCGGAUAGACACUGACCCUGCAGAUGCUGGUAACAUGAAAAGCCGGCUGAGGAAACGGAAAAAGAGCACUGAUGAAGGACCGGAUACUUCUGAAGACAAGAGCGAAGACGGCAGCACCGGCAAAGGUUCCAAUACUACCGACAAAGGCGAGGAUGGCAGCGACGAAGACGAUAAAGGCAGCGGCGGAAUGCGAGAGCCUUGUAGAUUUGAACCCAGUGUUGAUGCUUCUCAAGUCGAAACAAUGAAAUUUAAAUCUGUAAGAGAUUUCUUUGGUGAAGAUGAAGCUGUUUAUAUUAUGGAUGCUAAAACUACGGGAAAUAUUGGCCGUUAUUUAAAUCAUUCCUGUGAUCCAAAUGUCUUUGUCCAAAAUGUUUUCGUGGAUACUCACGACGUAAGGUUUCCAUGGGUUGCAUUUUUCGCCUUGAAUUUCAUCAGAGCUGGGCAGGAAUUGACUUGGAACUACAGCUAUGACGUAGGAAGUAUUCCCGGUAAAGUUAUUAUUUGUAAAUGCGGUGCAUCGAAUUGUCGUGGGCGACUAUUGUAAACAAUUUUUUAAUGUUUUUGUCCAUUUUCUCAUAAAUAAAUAAAAUAAAUAAUUAAUAACUU